CGCAUGCGCCUUCGUCGUCAGCACAGGGCCCCGCGCUGCGCCAUCUUUGUCGGCUGCCCCAUUGUUCGCACCGGAGCUUCUCUACCCCCCCCUCACCACCACCCUCGUCAGCCUCGGCGGCAUUAUCGUCUUCGUACUGCGCCACACACAAAAAAAAAACACGAGCGGAGACGGUGUCACCGGCUGCUGCCCACGACGGUCGCGGACUUGCCUCCCGCCACUGCGUUUGCGACUCGGUGUUGGCCAGCAAAGUUUGAAAGCAGGAUGGACGACGAGCAGCCCAAAACCCUGUAUGUGGGGAACCUGUCGCGAGAUGUGACGGAAGCCCUCGUCCUGGAGCUCUUUGGCCAGAUCGGACCCUGCAAGAGCUGUAAAAUGAUUGUCGAUACGGCGGGUCACGAUCCCUACUGCUUUGUGGAAUUCUAUGAACACAGACACGCCAUGGCCACCAUAGCGGCCAUGAACGGUCGGAAAAUUCUGGGUAAGGAAGUCAAGGUCAACUGGGCCACUACGCCGACCAGCCAAAAGAAGGACACAAGCAGUCACUUCCACGUUUUUGUCGGGGAUCUAAGUCCUGAAAUCACCACGGACGACAUCAAGGCGGCAUUCGGUCCUUUUGGGAAAAUAUCUGAUUGCCGGGUGGUGAAGGACAUGGCCACCGGCAAGUCCAAAGGCUACGGCUUCGUGUCCUUCUUCAACAAAUGGGACGCGGAGAACGCCAUCCAGCAGAUGGGAGGCCAGUGGCUGGGAGGGCGGCAGAUCAGGACCAACUGGGCCACACGAAAGCCCACGCCCAAAACCACCAACGAAACGAGCACCACGAAGCAGCUUUCCUUCGAUGAGGUGGUGAACCAGUCCAGUCCCAGUAACUGCACGGUCUACUGCGGCGGAGUCACGGCAGGCCUCACGGAGCAAAUCAUGAGACAGACCUUUUCGCCUUUUGGACAAAUCAUGGAAAUCCGCGUUUUCCCGGAUAAGGGCUACUCUUUCGUCAGGUUCAAUUCGCACGAGGCGGCCGCCCACGCCAUCGUCUCCGUCAACGGCACGUCGGUGGAGGGUUUCGUGGUCAAGUGUUACUGGGGCAAGGAGACCACAGACUUGGUCAGCCCCAUACAGCAGGUCCAGAUGCCGCAGAGCACGGUGAGCUUCGCGGCGCAGCCCUACAGCCAGUGGGGGCAGUGGUACGGCAACACGCAGCAGAUUGGCCAGUACGUGCCCAACGGCUGGCAGGUGCCCAGCUACGGUGUCUACGGGCAGAGCUGGGAUCAGCAGUGCUACAAUCCUCUUCCCUCCGGCGCCGGGUGGACCGGCGUGGGCGCCGUGAGCAACGGCGGCAUGGUGGAACCCGGCCAGGGCGUCAACGGCACCAUGCUCGCCAAUCAGGCGGGCACGGCCGGCUUCCACACCCACUGAUCGCGCCCUUCUGGACGCCACUCAUAAUUUUAUUUUUUUGUUAGGGACUCCCCGGUUUGGCAUUAUAAUUUUUUUUUUUUUUUUUUAAUCUGCCCUGAUGGUCGGAAGAGAGGAAGAAGGAAAAAAAAUACACCUGGCAUCAUUUCCGCCAUCACCCCCCCCCCCCCCUCCUGGCCAAGAUGUACAUUACAAGUUGAGCACAGCUACAGUUUAGAUUAGUGGAAGGCAGCAGGAGGUUCCGGUCUUUCUGUCAACCAGGUUUUGUUUGCAGAGCCAAAGAGAUCUUCAUGCCCGUCCGUCCCUUGACCCGCGUUGUCCCCCCCCUCCCCCUCCCCUCCCUUCCCUUGUUAGUCCCGGCCAGCUCUCAGGGUGCGGCAGUCAUUUUGUGAAAUGUAGGAAAUCACUGAGGAAGAAGCAAAGAGUACACGGGACUGAGCGGCCUGGAAAGAUUUUGUGUCCACGAACUUUGACACACAAGUCUGGUUCUUAUCGCCCCCCCCCCUCCCCCCCAAACCACCCUAAUGCUCCUCUCAAAGCUGAAAGAAGGUCUACCCUAUUUUUAGUUUUGUCGUUAUUUUUCCAGAGGUUGUAUAAAGAGCUUUUUGCCUUUCCUUUAAUUUUGGGGGGGGGAUUUGUUACAGUGACGCUGUGGACCCACGUUUUUUUUCUUUUGUUUUGUUUUGUUUGUUUAGAACGCAUCGAGUGUCUGUCGACUUUAUUUUUUAUCUUUUAAAUCGGAUUUUCAAUGUCUCGCAGGGAAUAGAACUGCCACGCUCGUCUUUACUUACCAGGCAGACAAAUAUUGCACAACGACUUAGGGAAAAGAAAAAAAAGAAAGAAAAAGAUCACUCAAUUUGAAGUGUUUUUGUUUUUGCAUUCCACCUUCUUUUGUAAUAUCAUUUUGGAAGUCUUAUUGUAAAUAACCGAGCGCUCUGUUCAAUUGUAUCUGUAUAAAGACAUGAUGUUCAUUCAGGA